UGAAAGGCACAGAAGGAAGAAGCAGAAGCCAGGCGGAGGCGCACCUCGGAGGGGCCUGUUAUGUCGCGUACGCCUUCGCGAUCGGCGCCGUCCACCAAAAUUAAGAAGACCGCCAGUAUCGAGGGCAUUAUUAUCUCUGGGGUGCGCAUCCAGGACGUGCGCGUUUCGCCGAUUUUCAAGGCGCACAGCGACGACAGCUGGCCCGGAAGCCCUCCAAUUGGAAUCAAAGAUCCGGGUCCUCCGGUAGCGUCCUACAAGAAAGGCUCCAGUGGUCUGAAGAACACCGACAGGGAACCAACUAGGCACUUUCGAGGCAGUUGCAGCUUCGAAGGCCUCAAGAGUAAGCCCCAGCGCGCGCACAGCCCAGGUUUGAUCAGAGGCCAAAUUGAAACACUGCGUAAGUCGUCGCGGCUCGAAGGGAAACGAAGUGCGAGUGCGCACAGUGUCCGAAGUAGAGAACCAUUCAGUGGCCAGAAUCGCAGUAACCCAUGCAUUGCUACGUCCACCGAUACCGUUGUUGUUGUAAAUUCUACUCGACUGUCUGAAAGUGGCAGCGGCUGUCGCAUUUCAUACAACGCAGUAAGUUCCGGCCACCCCCCGCAAGACUCUUUAACCAUGUUACGUGAGAAGGCAGCAAGGAGAAAGCCGCGCAGCUCUGCGUCACAGAGCAAACCGAAAUCGUCCGCCACAACCCUUGUACGACAGUCAACGAGUCAAACCGGCAAGGCACAUAGCAAAUCCGGGGUACGGUCCUCUCAUUCUGGCCGCUUGUCCGAUAGGCUGUCCCGAAGUGAGCUUUCUUCGUCCGCCGAAGAUUCCGGUACGAAUGAGAGACCCAGGAGUUCAAGAAAGGACGAAAGCAGCAAGAUGAUUAACAUCAGCGGGACUAAGAUCGCCCUCUCGAGACCGAAAUCGGUCAGCUUUGAGAAAACUGACUUCGGCCGGCCAAUAUCGAGCAGCAUAUCCCCCAUCCAUAUCAGCAACGCCAUAGCGCCUGUGCCGGUGAUUGACGGUUUCCUGUCGUCAUCGCAUCGUUCAACGCUUUCUAGCAACAUGUUAUCUCGAAGUCUCGUGUCGGCUGGAAUGUCCCUGCGUCUUUCUGUACCCGAAUCGGAAAUUGUAGCCGGCGCAUACAGCGCAGGAUUUGUGCACACUCCUCAACCGAAAGCUACGACAAGCGAUGUAGAGAAGCAAUCCCUUGACACCGAAAGCAAGAUAUCGGAAGAUGAACAGGGGCUUCCUUCAUUUGACAGCUCUAAUCUGCUUUCUGCUGAUCUGACGGACGUGGCGCCUCGGGCUGCCCCGAAACCCGCAGAAGAGGCUCCAACUACACGUGACACGGAAUUGGUACCACUCAGCCCAAUCGAAAAACCCGUCGUCACACCAGUGGACGCGUCUGAACGCUAUGUAAUAUGUCAAUCACCGUGGGGGCGAUCUGCUGGCUCGGAUAUCUCACAGGACGUGUCACGCAAACCUGGCGCUUCUCAAAGCGACGGCUCACCUGCGGGACCGAGGUCUCCAGAACCUCGCAUUACGUUCCAGCAACCAGACGCCUUGCACGUGGCGAGGGAUUCCGACACGUCUCGCAGCCCGGUGCAGGCCCAGCUGGAUAAAGCCGCCGAAAGUAUGCAGCCUUGGAAACGCUGGCUUGUCCCGUUCCAAAAGGAAUCGCGAGCGCUGUCUGUUGCUGGCAUAUUUCCGCGCCAAGAACCAUCUUUGCCUCCUGCAAGCGAAAUUACAGAAGAGGCGGUUCCAACAUUUAAAGCAGCAACGGAGGCAAGCCUUCUGGACGUCUGGAACCAACCUGAGGAAACACCGGGAGGCUCUCCGGAAUCGAAUUUGUCUCCUACGUCCCCAGAUAUCUCAAGCCCCGUCUUUAGACCGCGUAAAGAAGAUAGACUCGCUCUCAUUGAGUUUUCUGAGGCAAGGAAAUUCAGCCUCAUAACUCGCGAGAAAGUAAUGGCACUAGGUCUCAGACAUCCCUCAAAGACUCCCGAAGUGAUCGCGUUCGGUUCGCAAGCUCCGUCGCCCAGUCAAACAGCCUCUAAAGCUAUGCAAAAGACACCGUCCUAUCCAGAAUUUACGCCUACUGAACCUUCAUCUCCUGUUCCAAGAUCUUCGUCCAGCACACCAACUGAAAGAAGGCGUGCGUCAGAGUUGUUCGAAAAACUAAGAGUUAUUACUCGCGAGCCUGAAGAAGCCUCUGUUCCGACAGCUGUUGUGGAGUUAACAGUUGAGCAACCAAUAACUGAGCGUGCGUUGGAAUUAACUGCACCUGUUGACGUUGAAGAACGCAGACUGGACUCGAGAGACACCCUGUUGUUGCUGGAAAAGCCAUCAUUACUUCCAGAUGCUGUUCCAACUAAAACUUAUGAACCUCGCGAUGAGGUUGUACUUGCUACUACAGUGUCUGAAGCAGUCGGCACAGGAAAACGUGAAGUUCCAAAAGAUAAUGAGAGAGAGAUUACUGAGGUGGAGGAACUGCCGCCAGUAUUUGUAUAUGAACCAGUAGAGACAUGCAUCGUCACUGAGGUCUUACCUAAGACAUCGCCACCCAAUGUGUACGAAGACCACAGUAGCGAGCUAACAUCUGAAGGUUUCCAUGAGCGCCCCCGAGGGGUCUCUCCGUUCAGAGAGGAACCCUAUUCUCCUGCAAAGCAUGGAACUGUUUCUGACGCAUCAGAAAAAGAUGUGGCGAGAACAGCGGAAAGCAGAGAAGACUUAUCGUACACUAUCACGCCGUCUUUCGUUGAGAGCUCUGAGCUUCGAAGCGAGCUCCCUCCGAUGGCGACUUACGCCAGAAGUGGUCUUCCCAGUUUUCGGGAAACUGAGGCAGAAACAGAACUUGCUAAAUCUGAACUGCCUGCUGAUCGCCAGCAAGAGUCAGACAAGAGUGGAGCCCUCAAAAUUUUGGAAAUGAAACAACUGACCACCACCAGCGAAGGCACCACGACCAUAGAUGCCCGCCGUGAACAGAUAAGCGCGGCAACUGAAGAGAAAGCCAUAACGUCACCCGAGGAAGCCGUUAGAAGCAGACACGAUCUCGGAAUGUUCCCCGUGUGCGUAGGUGCGCAACCACAAGGACUUCUCGAAGACAUAACGAAAGGCCUUGUAUCGUCAAAAGGCUUUCCAGAUGAGACUUCAGUGGUUGCUCUAGAGACACAACGACAGAUAACUGAUGUCGAACGUCUUGGAACUCCACCGCAUCUAAUCCCUUCUGACGAGGCGUUAGCUUGGAGCUGGAGCAUCAGUUGGAGCAUUGAAAGGAUACCUCUUGACAAGUCAUCUAGUGAUAUAGGACGAAAAUCUGAGAUACCUGAGAUGGUCUCAGCUUCCGCUUCCGGAGCAGCAUAUACGUCGGAAGAUUUGCAACCAGAAGCCGCUGCCCGCGCACCUGUGCAUGGAAUUCCAUCAUAUGAACUCGUCGAAAGGCUUGAAGCUGGAAGGUCACUUACUUAUAUAGAAGGCAAACCUGAACUAGCGGAAGCAGCAGUGGUUUCUGAAAUCGCGAUGCCCUUGGAAGCAGUUCCAGACGCAUGUGCGUCACAAUAUAUGAAACCAAUAGAAACAGCCUUGAGCCUGAAGGAGACAGCUGCCAGCCAGCCACCGUUUACAACACUUCCUGAACCGACCGAAGCUGCAGCGGAACUUCAAGUUGAAGCCAAAGAUCAAGACUGGAAAAGCUUAGCCCCUGUUGGCCCUUCAGCUGUCGAAGCCACAUAUGGACUCGUGCGCGAAGCCCCAUCAGCUGAACUCUCCGAAAGGCUCCAGACAGGGAGGUCACUUUCUGAUCUAGAAAGAAAACAUGAAGCAGCUGAGGUAGCUACCGUUUCUGAGCCAGCGAUACUUUUGGUAGCAGUUCAAGAACAAACCGCACCUGGUGCUGUUGUUGGCGCCCCACAUGAAGGAGCAGAGGUGGCAGCCGAAGCUACUGUUUUGCCGGUGCGUGCGGUUCCAUCAGCAGAACUCGUCGAGAGGCUCGAAACUGAGAGGUCACCUACCGCUAUAGAAGGAAAACAUCAAGCAGCUGAGACAGUCAUAGUUUUAGAAGCUCUGCUACUUCCAGAGCCAACUGAGACUGAAGGGGAAAUUCCAGCUGAAUCCGAAGCGAGAGAACAAGAGCUGAAAGGCGAAACCCCUGUUGGUGCUCCCGAGGAAGCAGCUGAGGUGGCAGACGAAGCUACAGCUGCGCUUGUGCGUGCGGUUCCAUCAACGGAACUCGUCGAGAGGCUUGAAACCGAUAUAGAGCGAAAACACGAAAUAGAUGAGGCAGCCAUAGUUCCAGAAACCCUGAUGCUUUCAGAGCUAUCUGAGGCUAAAGCAGAACUUCCAACUGAAGCCGAAGCUAAAAAACAAGAACUGCAAGGGGUAGCCCCUGUUGGUGUUCCCGUACUAGCAAUAGAGGUGGCAGUCGAAGGUACAGGUGCUCCUGUGCAUGCGGUUCCAUCAACAGAACUCGUCGAGAGGCUUGAAACCGAUAGGCCACUUAGCGAUAUUGAACGAAAACACGAAAUAGAUGAGGCAGCCAUAGCUCCAGAAGCCUUGAUGCUUUCAGAGCUAUCUGAGGCUAAAGCAGAACUUCCAAUUGAAGCCGAAGCGAAAGAACAAGAACUGCAGGGGGUGGCCGCCGUAGAGGUGACCGAACUAGCAGUAGAGGUGGCAGUCGAAGGUAUAGGUGCUCCUGUGCGUGCAGUUCCAUCAACAGAACUCGUCGAGAGGCUUGAAACCGAUAGGCCACUUACCGAUAUUGAACGAAAACACGAAGUAGAUGAGGCAGCCAUAGCUCCAGAAGCCUUGAUGCUUUCAGAGCUAUCUGAGGCUAAAGCAGAACUUCCAAUUGAAGCCGAAGCGAAAGAACAAGAACUGCAAGGGGUGGCCGCCGUAGAUGUGACCGAACUAGCAGUAGAGGUGGCAGUCCAAGGUACAGGUGCUCCUGUGCGUGCAGUUCCAUCGACAGAACUCGUCGAGAGGCUUGAAACCGACAGGCCGCUUACCGAUAUAGAACGAAAACACGAGGUAGAUCAUGCAGCCAUAGCUCCAGAAGCCCUGAUGCUUUCAGAGCUAUCUGAGGCUAAAGCAGAACCUCCAAUUGAAGCCGAAGCGAAAGAACAAGAACUACAAGGAGUAUCCCCUGUUGGUGUUCCCGAACUAGCAGUAGAGGUGUCAGUCGAAGGUACAGGUGCCCCUGUGCAUGCGGUUCCAUCAACAGAACUCGUCGAGAGGCUUGAGACCGAUAGGCCACUUACCGAUAUAGAACGAAAACACGAAGUAGAUGCGGCAGCUAUGGUUCCAGAAGCCCUGAUGCUUUCAGAGCUAUCGGAGGCUAAAGCAGAACUUCCAAUUGAAGCCGAAGCGAAAGAACAAGAACUGCAAGGAGUAUCCCCUAUUGGUGUACCAGAAUUUGCAGUAGAGGUGGCAGUCGAAGGUACAGGUGCUCCUGUGCGUGCAGUUCCAUCAACAGAACUCGUCGAGAGGCUUGAAACCGACAGGCCACUUACCGAUAUAGAAGGAAAACACGAAGUAGAUGCGGCAGCUAUGGUUCCAGAAGCCCUGAUGCUUUCAGAGCUAUCGGAGGCUAAAGCAGAACUUCCAAUUGAAGCCGAAGCGAAAGAACAAGAACUGCAAGGGGUAGCCCCUGUUGGUGUUCCCGUACUAGCAAUAGAGGUGGCAGUCGAAGGUACAGGGGCUCCUGUGCAUGCGGUUCCAUCAACAGAACUCGUCGAGAGGCUUGAGACCGAUAGGCCACUUACCGAUAUUGAACGGAAACACGAAGUAGAUGAGGCAGCCAUAGCUCCAGAAACCCUGAUGCUUUCAGAGCUAUCUGAGGCUAAAGCAGAACUUCCAACUGAAGCCGAAGCUAAAAAACAAGAACUGCAAGGGGUAGCCCCUGUUGGUGUUCCCGAACUUGCAGUAGAGGUGGCAGUCGAAGGUACAGGGGCUCCUGUGCGUGCAGUUCCAUCAACAGAACUCGUCGAGAGGUCUGAAACCGACAGGCCACUUACCGAUAUAGAAGGAAAACACGAAGUAGAUGCGGCAGCUAUGGUUCCAGAAGCCCUGAUGCUUUCAGAGCUAUCGGAGGCUAAAGCAGAACUUCCAAUUGAAGCCGAAGCGAAAGAACAAGAACUGCAAGGAGUAUCCCCUGUUGGUGUUCCCGAACUAGCACUAGAGGUGUCAGUCGAAGGUACAGGUGCCCCUGUGCAUGCGGUUCCAUCAACAGAACUCGUCGAGAGGCUUGAGGCCGAGAGGCUUGAGGCCGAUAGGCCACUUACCGAUAUUGAACGAAAACACGAAGUAGAUGAGGCAGCCGUAGCUCCAGAAGCCUUGAUGCUUUCAGAGCUAUCUGAGGCUAAAGCAGAACUUCCAAUUGAAGCCGAAGCUAGAGAACAAGAACUGCAAGGAGUAGCCCCUGUUGGUGUUCCCGAACUAGCAGUAGAGGUGGCAGUCGAAGGUGCAAGGGCUCCUGUGCAUGCGGUUCCAUCAACAGAACUCGUCGAGAGGCUUGAGACCGAUAGGCCACUUACCGAUAUAGAAGGAAAACACGAAGUAGAUGCGGCAGCCAUAGCUCCAGAAGCCCUGAUGCUUUCAGAGCUAUCUGAGGCUAAAGCAGAACUUCCAAUUGAAGCGGAAGCGAAAGAACAUGAACUGCAAGGGGUAGCCCCAGUAGGUGUUCCCGUACUAGCAAUAGAGGUGGCAGUCGAAGGUACAGGGGCUCCUGUGCAUGCGGUUCCAUCAACAGAACUCGUCGAGAGGCUUGAGACCGAUAGGCCACUUACCGAUAUUGAACGGAAACACGAAGUAGAUGAGGCAGCCAUAGCUCCAGAAGCCUUGAUGCUUUCAGAGCUAUCUGAGGCUAAAGCAGAACUUCCAACUGAAGCCGAAGCUAAAAAACAAGAACUGCAAGGGGUAGCCCCUGUUGGUGUUCCCGAACUUGCAGUAGAGGUGUCAGUCGAAAGUACAGGGGCUCCUGUGCAUGCGGUUCCAUCAACAGAACUCGUCGAGAGGCUUGAGACCGACAGGCCACUUGCCGAUAUAGAAGGAAAGCAAGAAGUAGAUACGGCAGCUAUGGCUCCAGAAGCCCUGAUACUUUCAGAGCCAUCUGAGGCUAAAGCAGAACUUCCAAUUGAAGCCGAAGCGAAAGGACAAGAACUGCAAGGGGUAGCCCCCGUAGGUGUUCCCGUACUAGCAAUAGAGGUGGCAGUCGAAGGUACAGGGGCUCCUGUGCAUGCGGUUCCAUCAACAGAACUCGUCGAGAGGCUUGAGACCGAUAGGCCACUUACCGAUAUUGAACGGAAACACGAAGUAGAUGAGGCAGCCAUAGCUCCAGAAGCCCUGAUGCUUUCAGAGCUAUCUGAGGCUAAAGCAGAACUUCCAAUUGAAGCGGAAGCGAAAGAACAUGAACUGCAAGGGGUAGCCCCAGUAGGUGUUCCCGAACUAGCAGUAGAGGUGGCUGUGGGAGGUACAGGUGCUCCUGUGCAUGCGGUUCCAUCAACAGAACUCGUCGAGAGGCUUGAGACCGACAGGCCACUUGCCGAUAUAGAAGGAAAGCAAGAAGUAGAUACGGCAGCUAUGGCUCCAGAAGCCCUGAUACUUUCAGAGCCAUCUGAGGCUAAAGCAGAACUUCCAAUUGAAGCCGAAGCGAAAGGACAAGAACUGCAAGGGGUAGCCCCCGUAGGUGUUCCCGAACUAGCAGUAGAGGUGGCAGUCGAAGGUACAGGUGCUCCUGUGCAUGCAGUUCCAUCAACAGAACUCGUCGAGAGGCUCGAGACCGAUAGGCCACUUACCGACAUAGAAGGAAAACACGAAGUAUCUGAGGCAGCCAUAGUUCCAGAAGCACUGAUGCUUUCAGAGCCAACUGAGGCUAAAGCAGAACUUCCAAUUGAAGCCGAAGCGAAAGGACAAGAACUGCAAGGGGUAGCCCCCGUAGGUGUUCCCGAACUAGCAGUAGAGGUGGCAGUCGAAGGUACAGGUGCUCCUGUGCAUGCAGUUCCAUCAACAGAACUCGUCGAGAGGCUCGAGACCGAUAGGCCACUUACCGACAUAGAAGGAAAACACGAAGUAUCUGAGGCAGCCAUAGUUCCAGAAGCACUGAUGCUUUCAGAGCCAACUGAGGCUAAAGCAGAACUUCCAACUGAAGCCGAAGCGAAAGGGCAAGAACUGCAAGGGGUAACCCCCGUAGGUGUUCCCGAACUAGCAGUAGAGGUGGCAGUCGAAGGUACAGGUGCUCCUGUGCAUGCGGUUCCAUCAACAGAACUCGUCGAGAGGCUCGAGACCGAUAGGCCACUUACCGACAUAGAAGGAAAACACGAAGUACCUGAGGCAGUCACAGUUCCAGAAGCACUCAUGCUUUCAGAGCCAACUGAGGCUAAAGCAGAACUUCCAAUUGAAGCCGAAGCGAAAGGACAAGAACUGCAAGGGGUAGCCCCCGUAGGUGUUCCCGAACUAGCAGUAGAGGUGGCAGUCGAAGGUGCAGGUGCUCCUGUGCAUGCGGUUCCAUCAACAGAACUCGUCGAGAGGCUCGAGACCGAUAGGCCACUUACCGACAUAGAAGGAAAACACGAAGUACCUGAGGCAGCCAUAGUUCCAGAAGCACUGAUGCUUUCAGAGCCAACUGAGGCUAAAGCAGAACUUCCAAUUGAAGCCGAAGCGAAAGGACAAGAACUGCAAGGGGUAGCCCCCGUAGGUGUUCCCGAACUAGCAGUAGAGGUGGCAGUCGAAGGUACAGGUGCUCCUGUGCAUGCGGUUCCAUCAACAGAGCUCGUCGAGAGGCUCGAGACCGAUAGGCCACUUACCGACAUAGAACACGAAGUACCUGAGGCAGCCAUAGUUCCAGAAGCACUGAUGCUUUCAGAGCCAACUGAGGCUAAAGCAGAACUUCCAAUUGAAGCCGAAGCGAAAGGACAAGAACUGCAAGGGGUAGCCCCCGUAGGUGUUCCCGAACUAGCAGUAGAGGUGGCAGUCGAAGGUACAGGUGCUCCUGUGCAUGCGGUUCCAUCAACAGAGCUCGUCGAGAGGCUCGAGACCGAUAGGCCACUUACCGACAUAGAACACGAAGUACCUGAGGCAGCCAUAGUUCCAGAAGCACUGAUGCUUUCAGAGCCAACUGAGGCUAAAGCAGAACUUCCAAUUGAAGCCGAAGCGAAAGGACAAGAACUGCAAGGGGUAGCCCCCGUAGGUGUUCCCGAACUAGCAGUAGAGGUGGCAGUCGAAGGUACAGGUGCUCCUGUGCAUGCGGUUCCAUCAACAGAGCUCGUCGAGAGGCUCGAGACCGAUAGGCCACUUACCGACAUAGAACACGAAGUACCUGAGGCAGCCAUAGUUCCAGAAGCACUGAUGCUUUCAGAGCCAACUGAGGCUAAAGCAGAACUUCCAAUUGAAGCCGAAGCGAAAGGACAAGAACUGCAAGGGGUAGCCCCCGUAGGUGUUCCCGAACUAGCAGUAGAGGUGGCAGUCGAAGGUACAGGUGCUCCUGUGCAUGCGGUUCCAUCAACAGAACUCGUCGAGAGGCUCGAGACCGAUAGGCCACUUACCGACAUAGAAGGAAAACACGAAGUACCUGAGGCACCCAUAGUUCCAGAAGCACUGAUGCUUUCAGAGCCAACUGAGGCUAAAGCAGAACUUCCUGUUGAAAUUGAAGCGAAAGAACAAGAGGUGCAAGGAGAAGCCCCUGUUGCUGCUCCCGAACUAGCAGUAGAGGCGGCAGCUACGUGUGCACCUGUACGUGAAGUUCCAUCAACUGAACUCGUCAAGAGGCUUGAAACCGAUAGGUCAGUUGCUGGUAUGGAAGAAAAGCAUGAAUUAGCUCAAGCAGCGAUUCCGUCUGAAGCCGUUCCUGAAUCUCACAUAUCGGAAGAUUUCAAAUCAAUCCUCCCUGUAUACGGGAGCAAGGGACCCGACAGUCCGCGGAAAGGCCUAACAGAAGAUCAUGAGCAACAAAAAGACUUUCGACUCGCGGGUUCAGGUCCACUUGUCGAGGUACAACCCUUGAAACUUGAGGUCGACAGCAUAAAUGCAUCACAACGUAAAGUUGAAGCGGAAACGUGGAAUUGGAGCAUAAGCUGGAGCCUUGAAAGGGUUAGCGUCGACAGCUCACUAAGUGACGUGCGAAGAAAAUCUGACGCAGAUGCCAUAACAGUCACUGGUGACACAAUGGUUACAAAACCGAUUCCUGAAGUGUGCUCACUGGAAGCCCUUAAACCUGCGCAGUCUACAAAAAAUAUCGAUCGCGCAUCAUUUAAGUCACUUUCAGCGCCAGCCGAGUCUAUGUUAAUGGUGCCAGUUGAAGCCCAAACAAAAGAGCCAGAACUGGGAAGCGAUGUGCCUGUUCCUGUAUUAGAGACUGCUGCCGAAAUACAGCACAGAGACACCGAAGCGAUAGGAGCACCUGUGUAUCAAGUUUCAGCAACUGAGGCUGUCGAAUGGGUCAAAACCGACCGACCAUGCACUGAGGUUGGAAGACAGCUUCACAUAAUCCAUGCAGCCGUGGAUUCUCAAGCAGUGAUGCCAUCGGAAGCAGUACUAGAACCAUGCAUGUUAGAGAUGCCAGUCGAAACAGCAGCUGUCCAUCCGACACUUCCGGUGUCAUCGGAAUGGGAAACUGUAAGGGAAGAAGCAACUGCUGGAUCUCGAAGACUAGUUCAGAUGGAAGCGACAGGUGCACCUGUGCGUGCAGUUCCGUCAACUGAACUCGUCGAGAGACUUGAAACCGACAGAGCUAGUAGUGUAGAAGAAAAACAUGGUGUAGCUGAGGCGGUCAUAGUAGCUGAAACAGUGAUGCCUUCUGAAGCCGUUCCAGAAGCUCACACAUCGGACGAUUUCAAAUCUGCAGAAACUACAUUGAGUCUGGAGGAAGCCAGAGGCUCUCCGGUUCCAGAGCCAACCGAGGCCAAAGUGGAACCUCCAGUUGGAGCCGAAGGAGAAACACUUCAAGGCGAAGUUCCUGUUGUCGGUUCGAAUGUAGAAGGGGUAAGAAUCGAAACUGAAGGUGCAGCUGUGCGUGGAGUGCAAUCAGUUGAACUCAUCGAGAGACUUGAAAUCCAGAGGGCAGUUACUGAUCUUGAAGGAAAACAUGAAGUCGGAGAGGCAGGUAUCGUUCCAGGAGCGGCGGCGAUACCUUCAGUAACACUUCCAGAAGAUCAGGUAUCUGAACGAGACGAACAAGGGCUGGAAGACGAAACUGCGGAAGCAGGAGGUGUGGAAAUCGGAACUAUGGGUGCACCUAUGCGUGAAAUUCCAAGCAAUGGCAUGGCUCCCUUUGAAACAGACGCAAAAAAAGUUGGCACAGUGGAGAAAGGAAGUCCGAACGUGUUUGCAAAACGUGACAUUGAAAUGUAUGCUGUCAGAGAAGGACCUGCCGAUUCUAAAGUAACUGUUUUCGGUAAUGUGAAGGAAGAAAUAGAGAUAGAUGCAGGGCAGACCAGGACAACAGAAUCCACAAGCACAAGCCUCGAUAGUGUGAUGCACAUCCGCGAAGAAUACUUCGAUACAAUGGAACAUGUUGGCCUUGCACCUCAGGAUGCGUCGCUUGUCGGAGAUAAAAUUGCUGGUGGGCUAGAAGAUGCUGCAUCUGAACCCUGCAGCGACAUGCCCGCAAAAACGGAUGACACUCUUCCUGCACUUUCUGGUCCCGCACCAGACAACUAUAAAGCCUCCCCCGCAGAAGAUUAUGUUCUCUACACAUCCGUAACGGUUGACGAAGAGCAAGCGUCAGCAAUGAAAGAUGAGCAUGGACCCCUGUAUGUCGUUGUGGAAAUCUCCCACCAGAAAUCUGCUUCGACUAGUUCAGACACAGAGUCUCCAAGGCUUCCAGAAAAGGUGCAUGAGCCACUCACUGAGCAAUGUGCGGCACCGGGUGUCGAGGAGGAACAUCCUAGUAGCAUGGAACUCCUCACUACUUCCGAUCACCAGCUACGUGACGUUAAAGUUACAAGCGGUAUGAGAACUCCUCCUCAGGUUUCGUUCACGUGGAGCACCAUGAUCAAGACACGGAGUAGGUAUGCCCCGGAUGAGGACCGCGAGGGUCUGAGCAUAACAGAGGAACCAGGAAUACAGGAAGUGACAAUGACGAGAGACGAGUCUUCUGUUCUGGUUCCAAGUGUUCUUAAGAGGACAUCCGUCACACAAGUUACAAGGGUCGUCGAGUCCUCCCAGGACAUAAUGAGACCUGUCGGAAUACUCCAGCCCGAGAACCAGCAGCCAUGUGAACUGUCUCAGGUUGACUCAGUCGGGAGCAUAGAGCCAAGGCGAAGUUCCCCGGUAUCAAUUACCGCUAAGGAACCAGAUAGCAUUCAGUACAAGAGAAUCACUGCUGUACGAAAAGUGAGCAAGCUCGAUGAUGACCAGCAGGUUAACGUUGAAGAAAAGGCUGUAAUUGAAUUUACCGAAGACUUAGUGGCAGUGCCCACUACUGAUGCAGCGAAUGCAGACUCAACAGACUCGAGUACAUAAGGUUCUGUAGCGCCUCGUUCUCCGCCUGCAGAUUCCGAGGCUCAAGGCUAUGAAUAAACAUGUUGUGAUGUGUGCCACCACUUCAGUAUGAUCCAAGCAGUAGGAGAAAACAACGACCACGGAGCCGGUGGCAAGGUGAUUGUAGCUAUGACAUACUACAACACAGUAUAUAUGCAGAAACAGGGAGCAUGGUCUUCCUGAGGAUAUCCACGUCGUACACGUGCAAUGCCUUCUCAAACUAAAUUCAGUAGCCGCAACCUUUUCCUGUAUGGCAGCCGUUAGGGAUCCCAAACAUCAAGGUAGGUAGGGAAAGCUUGGCAAUGAGCUUCCGUAAAGAAAGACGACGAAAUUGCGUCAACGACUGUGGGCGGAAUUCAUGACAAGGCGGGAAUACGAAAGGAAGUCUCAUCUGCCUUGAGUGUUGGAAACCAGAUGACAUCAUCUGCCUUAACACAAGUGUAACCCGUCGAUAUGCAGCACGGCCUCUCUAGUGGAUUACCUGAUAUGCAAUCUGUCACGACGAUGAACGUUACCCUUCUGGAGCAGGAGCUGCCGUACAUGCCCGAAGCUAUCUGAUUAGAGAAAAAUCAGUAUAUAGACAUCUGAACAUCUGAAUAAAUGCGAUUAUAAAAAAACAAGC